AUGACAGUAGAUCCGUCCCUCCCGGAAUCCUUGCAAGACUUGGAACCGUUUGCUUUGCAAAGCUCCGAUCAAGAGCCGCGUUAUUCUCCAGGCAAAUUUUUUGUUCGUCCCCAAGAAAUAAAUGAUCAAGACCCCCUUGUCACGGCAGACGAUGGGAUAAUUGCGACCACGACAUGGUUCAAGACUCCAAGUCUUGAUAGGCACUUGACUAAGUAUCUCAAAGCUGUCCAGCUUUUUGCCGAAACGCAUGACCAAUACUACGUCGGCGACCGUGCUUUGGGUAACUGGACGUGGCUGGAACUAGCCAUCUACGAGAAUGCAUCUUCCGAUACCCCCAGGGUCAAGGAGGGAGUGAAGCUGGUGUGGCAAAGCCACAAAAAUAUUAUGGGGUCAAAUGAAUUUGUCUGGCUUCCUGGUGAAAAGUUUGGACAGCAACAUGACCUAUUGACUAGUCUAGAAGAAGGAAAUGUUAUUGCGGUCAGGGCUUGUGCACGCUUUCGCAAUUGGCAGGUGUUCGGACGCAAUGCGCGCCUCGUACUGGAAAUCGGGGAGCACGAAAAUACCGAGCGGCCUCCCAGCUAUGCCGAAGCGGCGAGGACCACGGACCGGAUGCUGAAGCUACUCAACGCCCAGAACAUCGAGAACGAUGCAUACACCCCCGAAGUGAAAACUGUGUCUGAGCGGGCUGACACCUACACCGGCAAGGGAAAGGCUCCUCUCCGCGUGUUGUCUUUGGAUGGGGGCGGCGUGCGGGGAUAUUCAUCCCUGAUGAUUCUCAAAGAGGUUAUGAAAUCUGUAGGUCGCGAGCGGCCAUGUGAGGUUUUUGACAUGAUCGCUGGCACCAGCACGGGCGGGCUGAUCGCGCUGAUGCUGGGACGGCUGAAGAUGACAGUUCAAGAGUGCUUGGACGAAUACAGCGCGCUCAUGGAGCAGGUGUUUGGCUCUGGCUGGUUGAAUGAUUAUGGCGGCAAGCAAGUUCGCUAUAUCGCGACCGGUGAUUUCCAUUCUGCUGCUAAAUUUGAGGAGGUGACCAAGGGCCUCCUCCGCCGAAGACUCCGGGUAGAGAAACCCGAGGAUGCUCUUCUCUUGGAUGAAAAAGAUUCAUGCAAAAUUUUCCUCAUGGCGGUGCGCCAGGAGAGCGGCAGCAACCGCGCACCCGUUUUCCUCCGUUCAUAUAAGAGCGAUUCUGAUCCACCAGACCCUAACCUUGCCAAUAUCAAAAUUUGGGAGGCGGCGCGCGCUACGUCAGCCGCACCAGGGUACUUUGAACCUAUGCAAAUAGGCAAAAUCAAGCUCGUGGACGGUGGGCUUUUAGCCAAUAACCCGGUGGGAUGGCUCUGGACCGAGGUCCUAUCUGAAUACGGCCAGUUGCGAGCGGCAGACUGCUUCUUGAGCAUUGGGACUGGGAUGGCGCCGAACGUGCCAGUGUCGCAGCCCGGACUUACCUUUUACAAAGCAAUGCUGAGCUUUGCUUCCAUUGCUACGAACACUGAGAGUACCCAUCUGCUGUUCAGCGGGCUGAUCAAUGCUUUCGCUCCUAACCCGGGUAAAGAGAAGUAUUGGCGAUUGAAUGUUGCCAAGGAGGCCCCUGAGAAAAGCAAAUGGAAGAAAAUAUGGGAUGGCAUCAGGGGAUCUGAACAACCGAUGUUGAAUGACUAUGCUGAUCCGGGGGACCUGGAUAAUGUGAAGGCCAUCGAGAAGUUGAAGAAGUGGACGAACGAGUGGAUUGCGGUGCAGAAAGACUUGAUUUCUGGAUGCAGCGCGGCCAUUAGCAAGAGCUUGGAAGUCAGAGAUGAAAAGUGA